AUGGAUAUCAUAUCAAGUGAAGAGCAGAAUAACACACCUACGGGUCUUUUCCGCAGGGAGAUUUGCAGUGAGAUUGAGGGCAACACGGAUUACUGCCUAGAGAUGUGGAAGGUUUACAAUAAUAAAAAGAUCUAUCUGAGCAACUCACACAGAGUUUUGAAUCUGACGUGGAGGAUGACCAGUCUGAAGAGUAAACAGAUCAUGCAGAAACGAAACAGAGAGCACUACUUAAGCCAAUUCAGCGACCUGAGCAUGGGCUUGGAUCCUUUGGGGUUCUUUAACGAUGUGAGUAACUGCGAGCAGUUUGGAGGCAUCAUUGCAGGAGGCAUCAUCGAGGCAGGUCUCAUUGAUGACAGUUUUAUGGACGAGGGUAACGACGACAAUGGUUCGAAUGGCUGCUCCCGCUGCUCUGAUUGUGGCAACCUUGUCUGCAUAUGUGCUGACUUUGAGUGGAUGAAGUUCGGAAGGUGA